UUUAACCUCAGUUCCAUGUAUCAUUCACUCUCUGAGACAUCAACACCACUCGAACAUCCCGUGAGUGUGAUACUCGAAGUCAUGAAGUGUCUGCGGCUCCUGUUCAUGUGUUGCUGCUCCAGCGUCCUCGCGGUGUCCAGCUGCACCAGAGUCGAUGGAUACUCAUGUGUGAGUGAUUAUCGGCGCACAGUUACUUGUGUCUUGAACAUCACUGGUAAUCCCAUGGAAAAAUCCAACUACAGCCUGGAAUUCAGUGACUCUGACGGGAUUAAUCUCUGUCCACUUGUGGCCGUGAAUCACACUUACAGCUGUGUCUGCAAACUCUCAACUGCAGACAACUUGAAUUUUGACAGCUAUAGCGAAUAUAACAUAAUGGUUUGUCAUGUAUCUGACUGCCAUCCUGUAACAAAAAAAUUUGAACCAGCGCAGAACAUUCAGCUGACGCCCCCGCAUAAAGCUGAGGUCCAAAUAACGCCAAAGACGUUCAGCAUCACUUGGACAAGUGGAUAUGAAGACCGCCAGGUCCUAAAGGAUAUCCUUGAGUAUGAGCUGUUACUUCAGACACCUCACAGCCAGGAGAGUCACACUCUUUCAACUAAUAAGAAUCAGAAGAAUGUAUCAGUUCAAAGAUCGCAGCUUAAACCAGACGCUACAUACUGUGUUAAAGUGAGAUCUAAAGUGUUUCAUUCUGAGUACAGUAGCAUUUGGAGUGAAUGGGGUCCAUCAACAUGCUGGAAAAAUGAAGCAGUGGGAGACAUUUCCUCAGAACAAGAUAACACAACAUCCAUUUUGACCAAGUCUCUGGGCCCAAUGUUUGUGGCUGUCGGAGUCCUGCUGUUUGUAUUCUACAGGCCCUAUGCAAGAAUGAAGAUUAGAUCUUUGUCCCACACGCCAUCACCCGCCCCUUUCUUCAAACCUCUUUUUCAACAAUAUGAAGGCAAUCUCCAGGAGUGGUUUUCACCUCACGGCAAAUUUGUGCUAACAUACGAAACUGAGGAGAUCUUGACAACCGACACCGUGAUUGUUGAGCCCAAACCCAUCGCAAAGGAGCCAGACGAGGACCAGAAAUUCCUCAGCGCUUCAAUAACACAACCGGAAUUCACUCAGUGUCAAACGUCUUACGUUGGCCUACCAGGGAUACACGAGGCCUCCCCGCCUCUAACUGUGGUCAGUCCGGGAAACAUGUCGUACACUCAGCUGCCUUGCUCUGUCUGGGGGGUUGGCUUUGGAGAAGAGAAAGUUGUCUCCUCUUCACCUAAAGAUUUCUUAGAUAUCAGCCAUGCUGAUUCUGGCUGCAGCUGUGAGGACUUGACCCAAAGCCCAGAGUGCAGUCUGCCAAACAGUCCUGUUGAUGUCAGUCCACCACCAUGUAACUCCACCGGUUACUGCAUUCUCAACAAAACAGCGGAAGGUUUUGCUCCCGUUUUAGUGUCCGAAGGAAGCAACCUAAGCCCUCCAUCUGAUUCCCCGCAAGAGAAUAAGAGCUAAGAAUAAGAAAUCAUCUUGGAUGGUUGGUUUGGAGGAAGGAUUCACAAUGCUUGUGCUCAGAAUGGCUGUACAUUGUAUUGCUUGCAUGCUCACACACUCAUUGUAUGUGUGUUCUAGAUACUGUUUCUAAUUCAACCACUGCAGGUGUUGUUCCCUACAGCACUGAUGGACCAUUUGAAUGUAUCUUAUUUUCUGUCUUUUUAUAAAGCGACCGUAAACACAACACACAUGCACAUGUGUUAUACUUGGCACGUUUCCCACACUGACUGCAGAAUGUGAUGAUGUAAAGGUGCAGGAUUUUCACAUCAGCUGUCAAUAAAAUGUUUGGGGUUUUUUUAUGCACAAUCCAACA